GCGUCUUCGUACCCUCAACACUGCAGUCAUGUCGGAAAGUGGUCGUCCACCAACUAGCAGGGUACGAGCGACCGGUUCUGGAACAUCUCGGCCCAUGAGCAGAGGCCGCGCAGCAGCUGCAGCUCCACAGUCUACAGCUGCGCGACCUCCGACUGGAUUUAGAAUGCCCACUUCUGCAGGAGCGCCUCCAGGGUUGGCAGCUCGUCCAGGAACAAGAGGCAUAGUCGGUGGUAGUGGAUCUCAAGUAAGAGUAAGUGAUCGUCCUGUAACGCAACAAGGACUUACAGGCAUAAAAACUGGAUCAAGAGGACCAGAGAGGGUUGUACAUGACAAGACAUACUACAUGGGGCUGCUCAGAACAAAGAUCUCAGAACUGAAUUCUGAAAUAUUGAAACUGAAUCGAGAAAUGGAGCAAUUUAAUACUGACAAUGCUGCAUACCUCACUUUUGAGAAGAGGGCAGAAGGUCUUGCUGGUGAGUUGAAGGAAUUACAAGGCCAGUUGGCUGAUUACAACACGUUGUUAGACAAAACAAGCACUGAUACUGAUGUGAUGGAGGUUGUGUCCGAGUAUUCUACUGUGAAAAAUCAAAAUGAUCGAGAAGAAUCAGGUUUGGAUGUCCUUUUCACUGAAAAGCAAGAAAAAGAACGUCAGUUACAGAAACUGGAGUCAGACAUAGAAAAAGAGAGAGCUGCUGCUGACAAUUUAGUCAAUGAAAUGGAUCCUGAAGAUCAACAACACUAUUCUGAAUUGAAAGAUAUUAAUGACAAAUUGAAUCAGGAACUGGAAGCCCGACAACAUGAACUUGAUGAUUUGAUUGCUCGUACAAGAGCUAUGGACGAAGAACUAUCCAUGUCACAAGUGAAACAAGAAGCAGCUGUGUUAUAUGAGAAGUUAAAUGCUGUGAAGAGGAAAAGAGAGUCUCUUAGGGGAGAUGUAGAAAGAGAGACACGUGAAACUCCACAAGAAGAGAGAGAACGUCUUCUAAGACAAGUGAAGGAUGACAGUCAAGAGGCAGCAACAAUGGAGAGGAGAGUUACUGAACUACAGGAAAAAAUACAAGGAUGUAGGGAAGAGGUGGUGCAUCUGGAGAGAGAGUUGGAGGAAUAUGAAGGAGAGAAAGGAGGUAAAUACCAAGAACUGAAGAAGAAAGAGGAGAUAGUUAAUGCAUUCUUUGAUAGCUAUGAUGACACAAAACAGGAGGAGUUGUCAAAACGAGAGAGUCUUGAAAGGAGUAUUGUUGAGAUGUUGGAACAAAUGAGCCAGGACAUGGUGGAAUCAAAGCAGAUGCCUAGUGUUGCUGAGUUUCGUGCUAUGCAGGAACAUUUGAGCUUCAAGGAACGUGAAAGAGUGAAAUCAAAGGCAACAGCUGAGUCUCUAAAUCAAGAUUUUGGUCAAUUAACAAAAGAUUUGAUGAAUGUGCAGGAGCUAGAAGGAAAGAUCUCAUCAGAGUUAGUUGAACUCAAGGAGAAGAUCGAGAAAAUGAAAGCGGAUAUUGAAGUGUUCUCUGAUCUAGCAGCUCUUAGAGACCAAGCAGAUGAAAAGAAAUUGAAGUUGACUGAAGAAAAACAGCAUCUUUUAAGAAGACGAGAAACAUUCAAGAAGCAUUUAUUAAGAUUAUCAUCACAAGCAGACACAGCGAGAGUUCAAUUGGAAGAUAAUGAAACACAUUCACAGCUUCUCAACCUCGAGAGGAAAUGGCAGCAUCAUGAACAGAACAAUUUCAUGAUGAGGGAAUAUAUUGCUGAUAAAACAACGGAGAGUGACUACCAGCCAGUGAAGAACCAAGUUGAUGAACAGUUGACUGAACUUAAUGGAAUGAUCAUACAUUCUCUACAAACAACAGGAUCUGGCUAUUAGUCUUGCAUGCUGCUACGGCUGUUUUCUACACACGGGGUGUGUAACAUGUGGCAUUAUGCGCAUACUAAUGAUAACUGUUUAAAUCAGUAUCUAUUCA